AUGCCAGGGAUUGGCGGCAAUGCGAGUGGGUGGGGCAUCGCUUUCAGCACGCAGUUCAGCGAGGCCGCGCAGCUGCAGAUGCAGAACGCCGCGGCGCUACUCGAGAAACUGCCUUACAAGAUCGUGCGCACGUACAACCUCGAGAACCACGUCAUUCCUGCCGUACUGGGCUCAGUCCAGGUCGAGUCACUCAUCGUCGGUGUCACCAACGAGCACGUCAAUAUGAUCAGCUCUGCCGUUGCGGUCGCCGAUUCGGUAGUUGGCUUCAUAAUCAGCGAAGCUGGCGAGCACCUUGAGCGCGUCACCGCCAUCGCUAUCGGCAAUGAGCCGAACGAACCCGCCUCCUAUGUCCCGCCCGCCGUUGUGCUCAGCGCCCUUGCAAAUUUCCGCGCUGCCCUGGCCAAACGGCCUGAGGCCGCACACAUCAGGCUGACAGUGCCGAUGACGGGCGGCGUGAUCACGCUAUCCUACCCUCCCGAGGCUGCCAUCGUCGAUCCCACCUGGGUCGACGUGCUCCGCGACGUCGACGUCGUUUCGAUAAACUGGUUUCCUUACUUUGUGGCGAAGAGCGAGCCAGCCAUGCCCAUCGGAAUCGCCCUCGGCACCAUGCCUCCCCCAUGGCACUACCCGCCCGACGCGGCGCGUACGAGUGUGUGGGACCCGGCGCACGCGGACCCCACAUUUGGCCUCCACGAGGCCCGCUCGCUCCUCGACAUAAUGCUCCACGCUUCCAAGUUUGCCCUGCACAGAGCUGGUCUUCCGCCCGACAACCUGAUGGUAGGCGAGACGGGAUGGCCAUCGGGCGGCAGCUGGGUAGCCACCUUGCCCAAUGCACGCACCUUUUACGAAAACUGCCUCACCGGCCGCAUGCGCUCGCUCAUUAAUAACGAUGUCACCAUCAUUUUGUUCGAGCUGAUGGACGAGGCCCUGAAACCGGGCAACGAGGACGAGCACUACUGGGGGCAGCUGACAGCCGGGCUCGAGCCCAAGUGGUAG